GCGGAGUGUUUGAGCUCUGAGCUCAACAUCACCGGAGCUCACUCACUCUCUGCCUCUCUGUGAGUGUGAGGCGGUCUCUCUUUCCCUCUGUCUGUCUCCCUUUCUCUCUCUCUCUCUCUCUCAGUCUUGACUCUUAGGGAUCGGGAUUUUCUCACCAAAAGUACACAGACCUCAGAGCCACGAGCAUCCACAAAGGAUUGGAUUACCGCUGAAUCUGAAGUUUGAUUUCUCCACUGUAACGAUACCCACGCGGAGAAAUGGAGCGCACAGUUUGUAGCUUAUUUUAAAAGGAAAGGACACAUCCUAAAGCAGUCUCGUUUUUGCUCUCAUGGUGAAUCUGUCUAUCAGGAUGAACUUGCAAUGGAGCAGCCCGGCGCCCUGCAUCCGUACCGGGAGAGUCGGGCACAAGCGGCUGGACUCAGACGAUCAGCCGCCGGCCAAAUGCGCCAGGCUGAGCGCCGAGGCUGGGGACACGCAGGGACUCCUCGGCACCUCUCCCGGCUCCCCGGUGAGCCCCGUCUCAAACCCAGUCCCGACCACCCACCAGGGGCCAUCCCGGAUAGGACCGUUUCUGCUUCUACCUCUGGCGGACCGGGAGAGCGUGCACAGCGCGUUGAACACCGACACAGGCGAUGAGCUGCUGUGCAAGGGCUUUGAUAUGGGGGUGUACCAGGAAAAGAUCAGAGCCUACGGGAUCCUACCGGCCCACAAGAAUGUGGCUGGCAUCAGGGACAUCAUCCUUGGCGAACGCAAGGCCUACGUGUUCCUGGACAAGGACUUUGGGGACAUGCACACCCUGGUAAAGAGCUGUCGGAGGCUGGAUGAGGAGCACGCCUGCAGGCUCUUUCGUCAGGUGGCUCAGGCUGUGGCACACUGCCACCAGGCUGGCAUCGUGCUUGGUGACCUCAAACUGCGAAAGUUUGUCUUCGCUGAUGAGAAAAGGACGCAGGUGAGACUAGAAAGCCUCGAGGACUGUCGAGUCCUAGAAGACCCAAACGACGACUCAAUGUCAGACACCCACGGCUGCCCUGCCUACGUCAGCCCUGAGAUCCUAAGUGGCUCCGCGCCUUACUCCGGCAAGAUGGCCGACAUGUGGAGCCUGGGGGUCAUGCUGUACACCAUGCUAGUUGGUCGCUACCCCUUCCACGACCCAGACCCGGCCACGCUGUUUUCCAAAAUCCGCCGAGGCCAGUGCUGCUUGCCAGAGGGCUUGUCACCCAGGGCCAAGUGUCUGCUCCAGAGCCUGCUGAGGAAAGAACCCUGGGAGAGACUCACAGCGAAUGAGCUGCUCGCUCACCCGUGGUUCCACCAGCCGCCAUCGUCGCAGGAAGUGGCACUGGGUGAACAGGAAGUGAGCUCGGCAGAACAGAUGGUGCCGUCCUUUGACGUGGAAGAGGACGAUGAUCUGUUCUGCUGACGGACUCGAUUCAGCUGAGUCUGGCUGAGGGACCAAAACAGAAGUCGCUACGAGGGAUCCAUUGUUGUUUUUUACAUUGGCACUUUUUAGAAACCCAUUUGUGUACUGUGGAGUGUACAUACACCCUCAAGCUUUCUACAAAAAACGUACUGUACUGUAUUUUGUUGUCGUAUAUUUGUUACUUGCUAAGGGCAUUGCUCACAAUGAUCAUUCAUUGUGUUUCUAUAUGUAUGUUUUUGAAAUUAUUUGGUGCUAAAAGAAAUAAGGACUCAGAUUUUGCCAGAUUAUGCUCACAAAAUAAUCUCUGCAGGCUACUAUGAGAGUAUCACAAAAUUAACCCACGGCAGUAGUCACUGAUACUUGCUCUCAGCCUGGACUUGCAAGGCUUCACAAAGCACGAGACACAUCCUGAACAGGAGGCGAGGAGACGUGAUGUUGUUCCUCUCACUCUGACCGGGCUGGAGGCUCCGGCGGCUGACUCACCGACCGGCUUCGAGGAAGGCCUAGCACAAGCUUGACGUCUCGCAGCAGGCGGUGUCACAGAGUGAGAAAGAUGCUUAGCCGAGGACUGAUGUGUCACACUCAGCGGGGACGCUAAGGAGGUGUCUCGCUGCCAAUCUGGCAACGUCUCAGCGAAUGGAGAGCAUUUACAAAUCUCACACCAUGCACAGAAGGUUGAGAAAGGCAGGGUGUUACUGGUGCAAGACUCGCAGAAAAGUGGAGAGUUUGUCACGCACACACCCGACAAUGAGCAGUGGCACUGGGCUAACGAGACUUUGUAAAUGGCUGACGGAAAAAGGUACAUCUCAGUAAUUUUCUCAAUUUUAAUAGUUAAAACAAAAGCUUUUGCCAUUUUCAGAAACAUGCACCCCUGAUAUAUCAAAUCAAGGUUGUAUCAGAAUAGGAAGUGUCUAUUAACAAAGUCUGACCUUGCAAAUUUGACUGUGAUCAAACUGUUUUGAGAUGCCGUGCAAUUAGCCACAGCUAAACCUAACACUAGUGGUUUAAAAUAAAAUGCUGUAAGGAACUCUGGUUUUAAAGAAUCAGUCACAUGCCUUUGCAGCAACAGAGACGGUCAGAUAAAUCUUAUGCCUGAGGGCAUGCUACAGUGGGAUUCCAGUAGAAAAAAAGUUUUUUUUUUUAAAAAAACAGAAUUUAAAUGGUCCUUCCUACUGACGCAAUACAAGUUAUCUCUCAAUCCAACAAUGUUUUGUUUUUUGGUUUUUUUUUUUUAAAUGUGUCAUAUAUUGAGUUAAGGAACCAACACAUUACAGAAAAAUGAAGACUGUCUGAGCUGAACCUGUUUUGUUGAUUUCAAUUGGAACAUUAUGUCAAGCUGUGUUGCUUUAACAAAGCCGAGCUGUGCUGAGUGUUGUGCCCGUAUCACUGUGUUUCAUAAACUGAACGGCUCUGAAUCAGUCGCAGUCAGGCGAUAUUUGAUGUUGGUUGUCUGAUGAUGACUCAACACUUGAGCGUGUCUGUAGAGAAUGGUCCUGACCUUGGCUGGAAGAAUCUGUUCUGACUGUUUCACCUCUCUAAUGCUUUUUUUUUUUUGGCCGUUGAAAGCUGUGGAUCCAUGGAGACUACUCAUCAUAGUUAGCGACAUGAUGUACCACGUUCUAAAAGAUGUUUCAUCUCAGAUUGUGACAGCACAUGCUGCGCUUCAGUGACGUUUAUCCUAACAGGCUACUGUAGAUCUGCAGCCAGCUUGUUCAUUCUGGCACAAAUUAUUCUGACGACGGUACUAAAUCUGGCAUAUCUGAGAAGUGCUGUGCAUUAAAUUUUUGGGUCACGCGGCAGGCUAAUAAAACGUCUGUUGCGUUUUUUUUAAUUAUUUUCUCUCAUCUGCUCAAGAUACCAGAUGGGAACAGACUUGUGACAAUCUGAAUUGUUCCUCAUAGAAGAGUAAUUUAUGAUUUUUUGUUCCUGGUUCAUACAUGUAGAGUGAGUCACACAUUCAUGUGACAUAUAGAGUAAACUGACACGGGUGCACCAACUUCAUAUUGCACUGUGAAUUAUGUAUUUGUGACACAACCUAGAGGCUAUUACUGGUCCAGACAGGUUACACACGAGAUAUAUUCAUUGUACAAAAGAUGUAAAUAUGUAUAUUUGAAAUAUGUGUGGAGAUGUUGAAUAAAGAUCACAUUUUUUCAUAUUCA